UAUUAGCGGAUUGCUAAUAAAGUAUUAUUUUAGAAAUAGGUCGGUAGGGUUAAUUAGCCACGUGUAGGUGUGCUUAAACAUGUGAAAGAAACAAAUGCUUUAAAUUUGCGGUGAACAGAGGAAGGAUUACUCAGCAUUCAUCAGUGCGUCAUGUUGCACACACAAGUUUUUUAUUCUCUGAAAAGACGAUUUGAAGACCGUGACGCAACGUCGCCCCUCGAUUUCAAGUACAUCAGCAUGCUGAGUUUCAUGUUAAGCUCCAUCGGCUGUUGGCCAUACAGGCAUUUCGGCCGGCGUCGGCUUGACUUUAUACUGUCCAUGUAUAAUAUGCUGUUGAUCUUGGUCGCCAUAGUUUUUCUCAUUUUGGGUGCAGCCUACAUCUGGUACAGGAGAGAGACGAUUUCGUUUUUCGAUGCCGGGCACGUGUUAUUGUGCAUAUUUUUGAAAUUAUUGUUUUUGCAAAGGUUAUUGAUGUCUCGGACGGCUAAAUAUCGAGAUAUAAUAAAGGAUUACUUACUAGAAUUCCACCUGUUUUACUUCAAGAAUCGGACGCUGUACGCUUCGAAGAUGCAUACGCAGAUCCACAACAUAUCAGUGAUAUUCACAUUGUACUUGGUCGGUCAGAUGAUAUGCGGUUUAACCCUGUUCAUUUUCAUGCCGUGGUACAACAACUACAACAACGGAAUGUUCGGCCCGGACCGGCCCGCCAACCGCACCUUUGAGCAAGCCGUGUACUACCACUGUUUCACCGAAGACGUGUAUACCACCAUAAAGGGUUAUUGGUUACUCUUCUUAUUCAAUCUUCCUACCUCCUAUAAUACUAUAAUUGGCGUCGUAGUAUUCGACCUUCUACUUUGUCUUAUUGUCUUUCAAAUUUGGGGGCAUCUUAAAAUUUUGAAGCACAAUUUGUCAAGCAUAACUCCGAAGGACGGCAUGUAUUCGACAGAAGAGAAUAUGAGAGUCCGAGAGAUAUUAAAGGAAAUCAUCGAACACCACAAACUAAUCAUAAAGUUUGUGGACAAGUGCUCCGACGCGUUUAGUGAGGAAUUGUUUGCAUUUUAUUUGCUGAUGCAACUCCUGACCUGCACAUUAUUGCUUGAGGUUUCCUCUCUGACGGCAGACGCGCUGGCAAAAUACGGACCGUUAACUUUCGGGAUCCAUCUACAAUUGAUUCAAGUUUCUAUACUUUUCGAAAUGAUAAGUACUAAGAGCGAGCAGCUGAUUGACGCCGUGUACGCGAUGCCGUGGCAGUGCAUGGACGCCAGCAACCGCAAGACUGUGAUGGUCCUGCUGCAGAGGGCGCAGACCCCCAUCACGCUCAAGGCCGCCAAGAUGGUACCCGUGGGCUUGAGGACCAUGGCCGCGGUCCUGAAGACAUCAUUCUCCUAUUACAUGAUGCUGAACGCCAUCGCUGGGGAGCGUUAAGGCAUCGGAUACCAGCACGCACUAAAUUUAACUUUAUUAUUUAUUUAUUUAUUUAUUGUGAAUUUAUUUAUUUAUUACCUUUAUUUACCGACGUUUCCCAGCGGACCGACCAACAGAGUUAUAAUAUAAUAUUUUGGCCUAAAAUUUCGGGGUUUACCGGAAGCUGGUGGAUUAUGAGAUUUUUUACAGUUAGAUACUUAAUAAUUUGUUAUUCUUUUAGUUUUAAGUAGGUAUCUAGUUGUAGCUUGGCUAGAUUCAAGUAAUAAUAAUUAGUUUUAGGUGUGAUA